AUUGAGAUCGGUCCAAGUACAUUGGAGUUUGCUUCACCUUUUACACAACCAACUACACGUUCAAUCACUAUAACAAACCUGUCAGAUGAAACUGCUGCCUUCAAAGUUAAGACCACUGCUCCAAAAUUAUAUUGUGUUAGACCAAAUGCUGCUCUUGUAGAACCAGGUAAAUCAGUUGAUGUUUCAAUCAUAUUGUUAGGCUUGAAAGAAGAACCAUCUCCAGACUUCAAAUGUAAUGACAAGUUUUUGAUUGUUGCCUUACCAGCUCCAUAUGAUAUAGGUGAAAAUACUGUUGCAGAUGUAUGGCCAAAACUUGAGGCUGAAUUUAAACCACAGUCAGUUUCUAAGAAAAUCAAAGUUAAAUAUGUU